UCUACAUCCUCUCUCUGUGUGUCUGAUGAGAGAGCACAAAAAGUUGAAAAUUCUUCUUCUAUCUGACUAUUCCCCUUGCACGGGUUAUCAUCGUCUUCCGCGAAAACCAGGGUUUCUCCAAACUCAUUCACUCUCUCGCCGUCUCUGGGUAUGUAGCACCAAUGUUGGUUUCAUAUUUAACCAGCUAAGCUGAGCAUUAUACUUGUGUUGGAGGUGUAAAACUAUCGUCUGCAACUGUUGCUAUUUGCAGAUUUCAGAUGGAUGAUAGUGGCCAUCGUGAAAAUGGAAGAAUCAAAGCAGAGCAGUAUAAAGCAGCUCAGGGUCAGUGGUUGAUGCAACAUCAGCCAUCAAUGAAGCAGAUAAUGGCCAUAAUGGCCGAAAGAGAUGCAGCUCUUCAAGAAAGAAAUUUGGCAUUUUCUGAGAAAAAAGCUGCCCUUCACGAGCGAGACAUGGCAUUCAUUGCAGAACGGAAUAGUGCCAUUAUGGAACGAGACAAUGCCAUUGCAACUCUUCAGUACCGGGAAAACUCCUUGAAUAAUGGUAAUGUAUCUUCGUGUCCACCAGGAUGCCAAAUUUCACGUGGGGUCAAACAUAUGCACCACCCACAGCAGCAUGUACAUCAUCCUCCUCACAUGAAUGAAGCUUCUUAUGGUACAAGGGAUAUGCACACAAGCGAUUCCGUCCCAAUGCCACCGGAUGCUUCUUUGCCUACAAAGUCACGACAGCCCAAACGACCUAGGGAACCCAAGACAACGGCACCAAAUAAGAAAACCUCAAAAUCUCCCAGGAAGGUGAAGAGGGAGAGUGAGGAUUUAAAUAAGAUGACAUUUGAUAAAUUACACGAGUGGAAGGGCAGUCAGGAUAUGGGUGGCGGAGGUGAUGAUGUUAACAAACACUUGGUUGUGUCAAAGUCUGAUUGGAAAUGUCAGGACCUGGGAUUGAAUCAGGUUGCGUAUGAUGAGUCAACCAUGCCAGCACCAGUGUGCUCGUGCACUGGUAUCCUGAGGCAGUGCUACAAGUGGGGGAAUGGGGGUUGGCAAUCCUCAUGUUGCACUACUACAAUGUCAAUGUACCCAUUGCCGGCAGUGCCCAAUAAGCGACAUGCCCGAGUAGGUGGCCGAAAGAUGAGCGGCAGUGCCUUCAACAAGCUACUUAGCCGGCUUGCAGCUGAAGGCCACGAUCUGUCAAACCCAGUUGAUCUAAAGGAUAACUGGGCCAAGCAUGGAACAAAUCGCUACAUCACAAUCAAGUAGACCUGGAGAAAGUUUAAAUUCAGUAGAGGUACAGACAGGUAGGGGGUGGGGAACAUAGUGAUCUCAUCAUGUAUGCAUUUCAAAUUUUCUUUUCAGCUUGGUGGCGGGGAAAAUAAUGAUUUGAUAAUCAGCAGUUGAAGUAGUUGGGUUUGGGAACGUUCAAUGCCAGCUAUCUUCAACAAUGAUAAGGGAUUUUCUCUCAUUUUUUUUCCUCAUUAGAAACGGCUGAAUGGGUUGAUAAUGCAGUGAGAUUUUCUGGAAGGCAAAGGCUCAGGGAAACCAUGGCCAUUUCUAAUCGUCUUGGUUAGCAUGGAGGACUUAAAAUCUCGCCCUUUCAAGUAAAUUUGGGUGCUUCUGUCCUGUAUUUGUAAAACCUUAUUUCAACAGAACAAAUUAUUUUUCUGUUGUUAAUUAUCUAAGAGCACUAAGUCCAUAAUUAUCUUUCUUUUUUGGCAUAUUUGUAAUUCUUUUAGGUUCUUUACAGAGUUCUCAUUCAAAUAUGUGCUAAAUUUUUAGGCAUAUUUGGUAAUUCCAGUAGAACUGUUCCUCCCAUUA